AACUUCACCAAAUUGUGAAAGGGCCCUUGUGAAAACGACCCAGAUCUCUUCAACAAACGGCACCGUCUCUGAUCUCUGUCCAGACUGUCCUCCCGCAAUUCGAUUUCAAUCGGUGCAGUCAUCUUCUACAUUAGUGCAUAGUACCAAAUCAGAUCGACUCCCCCAUUCAAUUCCAGACCAAAAAGGCCAGAUCUCUUCUAAACGCCUUCCUACAUUCCACCUUGCUCGCUCUCUCUCUCUCUCUCUCUGCGAUUUGAUUUGCAAAUACCGAGGCACUCUGCCGUACUUCAGUCCGAUCCUCACAAGGUUUCGUGAUGCUUUUGAUCUGGGAAGUAGGAGCCGUGAAUUGAGUUGUUCUGAAUUGGGUUUUUUUGAGAGAUGGCCUGGUUUAGCGGGAAAGUCUCCUUAGGGAACUUUCCUGAUCUGGCUGGUGCUGUGAAUAAACUCAGUGAGAGCGUCAAGAACAUUGAGAAGAAUUUUGAUACCGCUCUCGGUUUUGAGGAGAAGUCCGAAUCCAGCACCAGUGAAGCCUCAGGAUUAUGGCCGUCAACCACAGACACGAAAACACUAUUUGAACCUGUCAUGGCCUUUAUGGGGCAGAAAGGUGGUGAAAUUGCACUAGAAUCAACUGAGAAAUCCGAAUCAAUGAAGCUACCAUCGUCUGUUGAGGACAAAAAGGUGGCUGAGACAAAUACUGCCACUGAACAACCCAGGCCUGAUGAUGAAGGGAAUGAAGAAAGUUCUCUUGUGCUUAUGGAUGCCGCGGAAGAAACAAGUGUUGCAAUUCCAGAGGAAACAAAUGCUGUUACGGCGGACCUUACUAAAUCUGAACCUGCAGACCCUGAAACAUCUGAAUCUGCAGACCAUGGAAAAUCUGAAUCUGAUUCAUCACCACCCAUACCUGUUGAGGUAUCUGAGUCCAAUAUUGAACAUGUUGAAGACCCAGAUUCCUUAAACGAUCUCAACCAGAAGGAUACCUCAGGAAUGGGGCCCUCUAAACAUUCGGAGACGAUGGAAGCAAAUCCAGGAACCGAUGAAGCAGAUCAAGUUGGGGUUAUUGCCUUUGUCUCACCUGAAUCAGAUGACCUUAUGAAUAUGCAUGAGACCAUUAGUGAACAGAAGGCACAAGAAGAAGAGAAUGUAGAGAACCUCUCUCCUGUUCAAGCUGAAGAUGCCUCGAGGAGUAGUCAGGAUGGGAUUGGGCUAGAGCACUCUGGUUUCAUUUCUGCUACUAAAGAGACUGAAAGUCCCAAGGAACAUUUUACGGAUAACUUGCCUGCUACGCAACCUCCAGAUGAAGCUGCAGAGAUAGUUUCUGAAUCUGUUUCUCAUGAAAAGGAUACAAAUGUUAGAGCAGUUGACCUGAUUCAGCAUGCCGUUGGUAAUGAACCCAACAUUGAAGAGCAACGUGUGAGUUCAGGAAGCAGCACAUCUGACAUUUCAAUUUCUGUAGUUGAGCUGGAGAAGUUGAGGAGGGAAAUGAAAAUGAUGGAAACGGCACUACAGGGAGCAGCUAGACAAUCUCAGGCAAAAGCAGAUGAAAUUGCAAAGUUCAUGAAUGAGAAUGAGCACCUAAAGGCUGUAAUUGAGGAUUUGAAGAGAAAAUCCAAUGAGGCAGAAAUUGAGUUGAUGCGGGAGGAGUACCAUCAGAGGGUUGCAACUCUUGAGAGGAAGGUUUAUGCUCUUACUAGGGAAAGGGAUACACUCCGCAGAGAGCAGAGUAAAAAGAGUGAUGCUGCUGCUCUUUUGAAGGAGAAAGAUGAGAUAAUCAACCAAGUUAUGGCUGAAGGUGAAGAGCUCUCAAAGAAGCAAGCUGCUCAAGAAUCUACGAUGAGGAAAUUGAGGGCGCAGAUUAGAGAGCUUGAAGAGGAGAAGAAAGGACUUACUACAAAGCUACAGGUAGAGGAGAAUAAAGUAGACAGUAUAAAGAAGGAUAAGGCAGCAACUGAGAAAUUGCUCCAAGAAACAAUAGAAAAACACCAGGCAGAACUUGCAGCUCAAAAAGAAUUCUAUACAAAUGCAUUGAAUGCAGCCAAGGAAGCUGAAGCGUUAGCAGAGGCACGGGCCAAUAAUGAAGCUAGAACUGAACUGGAUAAUCGUCUAAGACAGGCUGAAGAGCGCGAGGCUAUGCUAGUCCAGACACUGGAAGAAUUAAGGACAACUUUAAGUAGAAAGGAGCAGCAGGCUGUAUUUAGAGAAGAUAUGCUACGCAGAGACAUUGAGGAUCUUCAGAAACGGUAUCAAGCUAGUGAGCGUCGGUGUGAGGAGUUGAUAACACAAGUUCCUGAAUCUACUAGGCCUCUUUUAAGGCAGAUUGAAGCCAUGCAGGAGACAACAGCAAGAAGAGCGGAAGCUUGGGCUGCUGUUGAGAGAUCCCUAACUUCGCGGCUACAGGAAGCGGAGGGCAAAGCUGCAGCUGCGGAAGAAAGAGAGCGGUCUGUUAAUGAACGGCUAUCUCAAACUUUGUCUCGAAUAAAUGUUCUUGAAGCUCAGAUUUCAUGUCUUAGAGCUGAGCAGACUCAGCUUAGUCGGUCCCUUGAAAAGGAAAGACAGAGAGCAGCAGAAAACAGGCAGGAGUAUCUUGCAGCAAAGGAGGAAGCUGAUACUCAUGAAGGCCGUGUCUCCCAGCUUGAUGAAGAAAUUAGGGAGCUCAGGAAGAAACAUAAGCAGGAGUUACAUGAAGCUCUAACACACCAGGAACUUUUACAGCAGGAGAUUGGUAGGGAGAAAGCUGCUCGGUUGGAACUAGAAAGGGCUGCUCGCCUUCAGUCUUCCGCUGUUCCUGAGCGAAGUCCAAUAACAAAGCAAAGAUCGGGAAUUGAAAAUGGAAGUUUGCCACGAAAACUUUCAAGUGCUAGCAGUGUAGGCAGCAUGGAAGAGAGUUUCUUUCUACAAGCAUCUUUAGACUCAUCUGACAGUUUUUCUGAACGGAGAAAUCCUGGAGAACCGACCAUGAGCCCAUACUUCAUGAAGAGCAUGACGCCAAGUUCUUUUGAAGCUGCCCUUCGUCAAAAGGAGGGCGAACUUGCAUCUUAUAUGUCUCGAUUGGCCUCUCUGGAAUCCAUUCGUGACUCUCUUGCUGAGGAGUUGGUUAAAAUGACUGAACAGUGUGAGAAAUUAAGGGCCGAGGCUUCUGUGCUUCCUGGCAUCCGGGCUGAGUUAGAAGCAUUGAGGAGGAGGCACUCUGCCGCACUUGAGCUGAUGGGUGAACGUGAUGAGGAGCUGGAAGAGCUUCGUGCUGAUAUUGUGGACUUGAAGGAGAUGUAUAGAGAACAAGUCAACUUGCUCGUGAAUAAGAUCCAGGGACUGAAUUCGUCUGUGGGUGCCACAUGAAGUACUCAUGAUGACUUCAUCCAUCUGAUAAUCAAAUGAAUGGAGGUGGUAAACAUUUGGGCAACUAAAGUGUGAUUACAUAGUGCUUUGCAUCUGCUCCAGGUCCAGUCUGAAUCUGGGCAUCAAUUUUUUGAAGAAGUGAAAUGCUAUUUCUGAAGUAACGGAGAGACAUAUACAUCAGUUGCUCGCAUCCAAAUGCUGUAUAUUCGAUGAGCCCUUUUCCAUUUCCAUACGCGAUUUUUUGUGUGUUGAUGAGCUAUGUAUCUUCAUGUAAUCCUAUAACCGGCAAAUUACUCCAGAGCAAGCUCAUCUAGUGACAAUAAAAGCAUGUAAUUAUUGAAAGCUCAGAUACCAUUCGUGUCUUCUUGUGGUCCAUUUAUUCAUUAUCAGCCCUGUAUUAUGUGGAGACUAUCAAAUGCUCAAUUCGUGGUGGCCCAGUUGUACAAGUGAAUUUUGUCGGUGAGGGUUGUUUCAUUGAAUUUUUGUCUAUUUUUGCCCCAACAGAA